AUGCUUAUAAAUAUAAACUAUAUUUGUCGUACGAAUUUGUAUAUCAUCAAUCUCUAUCAAUAAAAAUCAAUUACUGAUCUGAUCUCUUUUUUUUUUUUGCAAAACGUUAUUGAUCUGAUCAUUUGCAAUUAAAUGGUUUGUAAUAAUGUUGUUGAUGUGUAACAAUGGACGUCCGAAUUUGUAAAAUAUCCAUGUGAAUUUUAAAAGGAAAUAACACAUAUUGUCAACCUAAAUCAUAUAUAUAUUCUUGAACUACUAUACUAACUAAAAGUCUAAAACUAAGAUAUAUAAAUAUUUUUUUGUUUAAAUAUAUAAAUAUAAAUUAAGAUAAAACAAAAGAAAAAAAAAAAAACUUCAAUCUCUUUCUCCUCACCUCUCUCUCUCUACCCCGACUACAAAAAGUAGAUCAGAGCCUUGCUCCGACGUCGGCGGCGCGUGAGCGCUUGUACCGGUGCCGGAGGCGUCACUCUUCCCCUCCUCUGUUCGUUUGAUCUUUGCUCAUCUUUCGUUGCUUCAUCCCCUUCGUCUUGUUGUUGUUUCUGUCACUAGAGGUUACACUGGUCUAGAUCUCUUUCGCGAGGAGCUCGACACCGGUUUGUUGUCUUCUUAUGUUGGAGCAUGGCGCGGAGCUGGAUUAACUGUCGUUGAAGUGGGUCGGCUUUUUAGGGUUUCAAGGGGGCGUUUUCGUUUUUUGCCCCUUGGCGAGUAGGCGGUGCGUGGAGGCGGAGUUUAGGCCCACGGUUGUUGUCGUGGUGGUAGGUUUGCGGAUCUGCUCUCUUGAUCUCUAGUGGUGUGCUGUCGGUCGAUUGGUAUGGUGUGUUGCCUCGGUGUCUUGGCGAUUCGCGUCCUCUUUAUCGGCAUCUGAGAGCUUCGGAGGUUUCCAUAAACUCGAAGGUUAGCUUAGCCAACGGCGCUGGCAUGUGUCAGUUCCGGCGGUGGUGGCAUCUAGAGACUUGUUGUGUUGCGCUACUUCGUCGUCUAUGGCUGCGGCGUUGCAAUGCGUGCGGUCUUCCUCUCACCUACUUUCUCCUCUUCCCGGUGCUUGUACUACUGGUUCCAUUGCAGAAGCCAAGUCGACUGGUUUCAGUGGUGAUUAGCUCGUGUUUUAUAUGGUUGUUUGUGAUGAUGUUGUCGGCUCAACAAUGUGACAGCUUUGGUUCUUCGUCCUUCGGUUCUUGGAGGAGACGACUGGCGGUGUUUGUGAUGGAUUCCCGAGUAUGUGCUUCAUUUUUCUCUCACCGGUGGCACAAGUCAGAUUGAUGGCAUAUCCCAGUGCCAAGAGGCAUCCACUACAAAAAAAAGUCCUCAUUGAUAGCACAUGAUUAUAGCACGUUUUACUGAACUGCUAUCGUAGAUGAGUCUAAAAUUUGCUUAUUAUAUAAUAGGGUUAAUUAAACGCUAUGGUAGAGUUUCACUAAGUGGGAACCUAAAAUUAGCUUUACCGCGGCACACUUAGCAAAAAAAAGACUAAUCUGAUUAUUUUCCCUCUCUCCACUCGCGAAAGACCUUUCUCUUUUUCUCAGUUUCCCCUCUUUCCCUACUAACCCUAAAAAAAUUAGACCACAAUCUCCAUCACUAAAACCCUAAUACGCUAAUCCAGAACCGUAAUAAAGCUCCCCACAUCCAUUAUUGUCGACUGCGAAGGUAUCGAGGAUUGUGAUUGUGACAUCUCUGUCGAUUGUUAUCUCAAAUGGAAGAGAUGUUUGUUGCUUUGAUUUCGUCUUUGUUUUCUUUCCUGUUUGAUUUGUGUUCAUGCUCCACGUUGUUUGCUUAGAUUCCCUUUAUUAUAUUCUUAACAACAUUAAAAUUGAUUCAUGAUUUUAUCGAUUUCGAUUUACAGUCAAGCGAUAAAUUGUUCAAUUUAGGUUUGAUUGAUUAUAUUAUUUGUUACUUUGAAUGGUUCUCUAUGUUACUAAAGGUUUCAAUUUAGGUUUUAGAACAUAGAAUGGUGGACAAAGACUGGGUUCAUCUGAGCAGAGUCGAUCAUGCUUAUGAGAGAGGAGCUAUAAGUUUGUACGGGAAGUGGCUGCAGCUUCGGGAGGAAUUGAUAUGAUUGUCUAUCCUUGCAUUGACUGUCGUAACAUAGAUCGUCAUUGCGGAAGUGUGGUAGUUGCUCAUCUUGUUACUAGGGGAAUGGAGGAGGCUUAUAAGAAGCGCACUGAUUGGUAUCUGCAUGGAGAGUUGAGCUCAGUGGUUGAAGAUGAAAGAAGGGCAAGUCAAUGGAAUGACUAGAUCAUUGGUUUAUACAGAGCCACUGAGUGUUCCGAUGAAGCUUUAGCUGGUACGGGGGAUGUCUUUGAGAUAACAGAGGGAGAGAACAAGAAAGAAGAUGAAUUUUUGGCGAAUCUAGCUGAAGCUGAAACACCUUUGUAUCCUACAUGUGCGAACCACAACAAGUUAUCUGCAAUAGUGUCAUUAUUUAGAUUGAAGACUCAGAAUGAAUGGUCUGACAAGAGCUUCAAUGAACUGCUAGAGACGUUGCCGGAAAUGUUACCAGAGGAGAAUGUGCUGCACACUUCACUGUACGAGGUUAAGAAAUUUUUGAAAUCAUUUGAUAUGGGUUACGAGAAGAUCCAUGCUUGUGUGAAUGACUGCUGCCUAUUCAGAAAGAAGUUGAAGAAGCUUGAGUACUGUCCAAAAUGCAAGGCAUCGAGAUGGAAGACUAAUAUCCAUACGGGUGAGAAGAAGAAAGGAGUCCCACAGAAAGUAUUACUCUACUUUCCAAUAAUUCCAAGGUUGAAGAGAAUGUUCCGGUCUGAGGAAAUGGCUAAGGAUCUAAGGUGGCACUUCAACAACAAAAGCACUGAUGGGAAACUUCAACACCCUGUUGAUUCAGUCACAUGGGAUCAGAUGAAUGCGAAAUACCCUGACUUUGCCGCUGAAGAAAGGAACAUGAGGCUUGGACUUUCAACAGACGGAUUUAAUCCAUUCAACAUGAAUAAUUCUAUGUACAGUUGCUGGCCGGUAUUGUUAGUCAACUACAACUUGCCACAUGAUUUAUGUAUGAAGAAGGAGAGCAUAAUGCUUUCACUGUUGAUUCCUGGUCCACAACAGCCCGGUAACAGUAUAGAUGUCUACUUAGAGCCUCUCAUUGAAGAUCUAAACCAUCUGUGGAGCAGUGGAGAGUUAGUGUACGACGCUUAUACUCGAUCAACUUUCACACUGAAGGCAAUGCUGCUUUGGACAUCAGUGAUUUCCCGGCUUAUGGGAAUCUUGCAGCUGCAAAGUGAAGGGAAAAAUGGGGUGUCCUUUAUGUGAAAAAAACACAGACAGUAUGUGGCUUAAGUACAGCAGAAAACAUGUGUAUAUGUGCCACAGAAAAGGUCUGCCACCAGCUCAUAGUUUUCGGGGAAAGAAGAAGUGGUUUGAUGGAAAAGCUGAGCAAAGGAGAAGGGGACGAAUUUUAACCGGCCUUGUAAUUUCACAAAACCUCAGAAAUUUCAAGAAUGACUUUGGCAAUGUUAAACAUUCUGGGAGUAAGAGAAAAACGAUGGGCUAUACCGAUUUAGAUGAAGAGGAAGAGGAAGAUGAGGAGGAAGAGGAAGAAGUGGAAAUAGAUGAGGAUGAGUUAUCUAGAUGGAAGAAAAGAUCUAUUUUUUUCAAGCUACCUUAUUGGGCGGAAAUCCCGGUGAGGCACAACUUAGAUGUUAUGCAUGUAGAGAGAAAUGUGGCUGCUAGUCUAGUUUCGACAUUGUUGCACUGUGGAAAAUCCAAGGACGGUCUUCCGGCUCGUAAAGAUCUUGAGGAUCUUGGUAUAAGGCAGGAUUUGCACCCUCGCAUACAUGGAAAACGAACAUAUCUUCCUCUAGCACCGUGGUCUUUGUCUAAGACAGAGAAGAAGAUAUUUUGUAGGAGAGUUUUUGACUUCAAAGGGCCAGAUGGAUAUUGUUCCAACAUAUCUAGAGGUGUUUCUUUAGAUGACUGUAAAGUCACAGGGCUGAAAUCACAUGACUAUCAUGUGUUAAUGCAGCAACUUCUUCCAAUUGCACUUAAAGGGCUGUUACCUAAAGGACCGAGACUAGCAAUUUCAAGGUUAUGCGAAUUCUUCAAUCUGUUGUGCCAUAGAGUUAUUGAUAGAGAGCAGCUUCUGGUUAUGGAAGCGGAGAUUGUAGAGACGCUUUGCUUGUUUGAAAGAUAUUUUCCUCCAAGUUUCUUUGAUAUCAUGGUCCAUUUGGCUGUGCAUCUAGGAAGGGAGGCCCGGCUUGGUGGACCUGUCCAUUUUAGAUGGAUGUACCCAUUUGAAAGGUACAUGAAAGUCCUCAAAGACUUUGUUAGAAAUCCUGCUAGACCAGAAGGGUGCAUUGCUGAGUCUUAUCUUGCCGAGGAAUGUAUGAAGUUUUGCAGUGAAUUUCUCAAGAAGUCAACAAAUGUACAAGACAAAAUAGAGAGAAACAUGGACUAUGAGAACAGCUCUAUCUUAGAGGAUCGUCCAAUAUCAGCUGGCACAUCAGUUACACUCACUGAAAUGGAGAAGAAAAUAGCACAUCUUGCUAUCAUCCAAAACCUUGCUCUCGUCAAACCUUUUGUAGAUGAGCAUCUCCAGUAUUUACAAGACUCAGAUGACAGAUGUAGGAGAGAUGCAUCCGUCUUAUGGAGUAUGCAUACUAAGAAUUUUGCUUCAUGGCUAAAAGAACAGGUGCCUCUUGAUGCUAAAGAACAUGACGAAACACUCAAGGCAAGCCUAUGGUCCACGUUCUUCAGCAAAGUCAUAUACGGGCUAUAUAGUUAACGGUCAGAGGUUUCACACCGCAUCAGUUGAUAGGAAAAGUCAGAAUUCUGGGAGUUUGUAGAUCUAGUGCGAAAGAUACAGCACAGGUCGUUGAUUGGGUUUCCUACUACGGCAGAGUAACUGACAUCAUUCUGAUAGACUAUAACGUCUUCUAUGUUCCUCUGUUCCGGUGUCAUUGGGCUGUAAUGGGUAAUGGAGUGAAGAUUGAAGAUGGUUUCACACUUGUUAACAUGAAUCAUAGUCAAGCCUCUUUCACAAGUGAUCCUUACAUAAUGGCUUCUCAGGCGAACCAAGUCUUUUACUCAAGGGAAAAUGAGUCUUCUAAUUGGUAUAUUGUAAUGAGAGGUCCUUCAAGAAGAUAUAGUACAGAAGAUAUUCAAGAGGGAAAUGCUGAGAUUGGGCCACUGCCUACAAAUAUUGACAUGGAAGUUGACAAUGAUGAAGCCAGAACAGAUUGUGAAGGCAUAUAUGUCUGAAACGUAUCCUUACUUUGUGUGCUUGUUCUGUGCUUGUUUGCUUCUGUUUGUGCUUGUUUUGUGCUAGUUUGCUUCUGUGUGUGCUUGUUUUGUGCUUCGUUGUUGUUUUGUUUGGAUUUAACUUUUUCCUGCUCAUAAUUUGAUGAAGGUAAAUUGAGAUGAAACGUGGAAAAAAGAGAGGAGUCAGGAAGUCAACAAAGAAAGUAGUACAAGAAGAUUCAGAAGCUGAGUUUGUCUGUACUUUACAUGGUGAAGGGGCAGACCAAGAUGAAGUUGUUCAAGAGCAGGAAGGACCUGAAGGUGUUCAAGAGCAGGCAGGAGCUGAACUUGAUCCAGAACAACAAAACCCUGAACAGAGAAACGAUGAACAACAACAGACAGAAGAGCCUGAAUGUGAAGUCGAACUAUCUACUAAUGAAGAGCCUGAAGUUGGAACCAACCGUAAGAGGAAGCGUGGACCGACAAGAAUGAAAGACCUAGCCAAACACCCAAAUACAAGAGUUCAUGUUCAGUUCAAUGCCUUGGGAGAAGCGUAUGGUGAAGGUUCAGUCAAGUUGUCUUCAUAUCUAGGUCCAUUGGUUAGGGAGUACGUUCCUGUCACAGUUGAAGGUUGGAAAAAAACUCUCUAAAGAAGUGAAGACAGUUCUCUGGAAAUCUGUGCAGGUUUGAAAUUGAUGAUGACUACCAUAGGGAUGCAGUGCUUAAGCAGAUGGGAGCGUUGUGGAGAUCAUCGAAGUCACGUCUUGUCACCCAAAUCAAUGAAGCCGAUAAUAACCAACAAAUGAUGAAGCUCAGACCGAAGAAUGUUCCUCCGGUUGAAUGGCGCAAAUUUGUGAAGUUGAAAACAAGCCAAGAAUUCAAGGUUGUGAGUGAUAGCUACAAGGAGAGAAGACGCAAACAGAUACCUCACACUUGUAGUCGGAAGGGAAUGGUUAGACUAGCAGAAGACAUGGAAAAACAGUUCUGAUGACCCAUCUCAAGUGACAAGACUUAAAAUCUGGGUCAAGUCUCGGACCCGAAAAGAUGGAACUCCUAUAAAUACAAAUGCGGCUGAAAAGAUAGCAGUUGAGCUUGGUAGUGGUGCCAAUCCAUCGUCUGCUAAAAAUCAAGAUGAGGAUACACUCGUCAAGCUGUUAGGACCUGAUAAUCCUGGUCGUAUGAGAGUAAUGAGCAGAAAUAUGAGUAAGACCAAGUUAGCUUGCUUCCAAGUUAAGCACAAGACUAUUUUUGAAAUGCAAGAGAAGCAAUAUGAGCUCCAGGAAACUGUUAAUCAGUUAAAGGCUGAACUUGCAGCACUGAAAACCCAGAGAGAAGAAUAUGAAGUUGGUGAAAACUCGGCUGCAAGGAGUGUGAACAAAAAAACAGAAAAGAAGUGUCUUAUAAUAGAUUGGGCUGAUGAAGAUGGCAACGUUGGUGAGGGCCGUAUUCUCUCUUCAGACCCAAACGAUAUAGUAAAUGACUGUCGUUUAGGACCUACAGAUGUUAAAGUAUUGGUUGACGCUGCUACUGAACCAGAAGCUUUCCUCUGGAGACCUGCGAAGAACAUGUGCACGAUUCAGGAAGCUGUUGGCCAUAUUAUUGCAUGGCCUAAGAGUAAAUGUGUUGAACUAGGUCAGGGCCUCCAACUAGAAGAAAUUGCCCCACUGAUAAAGGCUCAAGAUCAAAUUUUCUCAACAAAUGCAAACUAUUGGAUUUAUCCGAUGAUAAUGUAGUUGUUGGUGAAGGACGUUGGCAGACGCAAGAACCAAAAGCUUUGGUGAAUGGACUUCCUCUCGGACCAAAGGUAGUAAAAGUUUUUCUGGAUGUUGUACAUGAACCUGAAACAUUUUUAUGGAGGCCUACGUUGGAAGUGGCAUACCUUGAGGACAGCAUAAUGACUUUUAUAUCAUGGACCGCUCACAAAGUUGUAUUCGAAAACCCAGUAGAAGCAAGAAGAAAAGUGUCUCCGACUCCAAAUACUGCAGAUCUUAAAGUUCCUUCUCCUAGGUCUAUUGGAAGCAGCCUUAAAAAAAGUGGAAAAUCAAGAGCAACAACAUCAACUACUCCUACUAAGAAGUCUCCCUCAAUGCCGCUAAAUGAUGGAUCCCAAGCUAUACAAGUGAAUCAGAAGUGCAAAUUGAUGGACAUCAGUGAGAGGAAACAAGUCGUUGCCGAAGGACGUGUGCAUUCAACAAACCUAGAUCAGAUGGUUCACUUUGUACGAUUGGGUCCGAACGCAGCUAGAGUGUGGGUAGAUGCAGUGUUGGUAGAUGAUCCAGACGUUUGGAGGAAAUAUGAUGAAAUGGAGAGCUUGAAGGAUGCACAUGGUUCUUCUAUCGCAUGGCCACUUGAUAAAUUGGUCAUAUUUUAAGUUGAACAGCAACUUGGGGAAUGAAGAACUCUGGUCCAGCCUUUAAACAAGGCUACUGAACUUAUAAUUAUCUUAUGUGUAUGACUUUGUUUUCAGUUUUCAAUCGGCUGUGUAAACUUUAUGACUUAUGUAUUAGCUACAUAUUCUAUGAAUGCUCUAUGAAUGCUUUCGUUGUUGCUUAUGA